CCACGAUUAUUUUUAUUUGUUCAGAACAUCGACGAGUGUCGGUAUCACGUAGUUGAUGUGAUGGAUUAACUCAUCUUCAAUCACACAUAUUUAUAUUGGUUCAUUUGUUUGAGAGAGCAUCCGCGGAGUCGAAUCUCGAGCACGCUAUCAUCCUCUGCUGUGAUGCGAGGAAAUGAUUGUCAGAUGGACGGGCAGGCGAUGCUUCAUCGGGCCCAACAAUCAUGAGGCAAUCACGAUCCGCCCACAAGCCUUGAGAAUCAUCAGACUCCCGACACGCCAUUAUGCGACAACUCAACAGGAUGCAGCGGCGGCAGCCACAACUGCUCGCACGCGCAAUAUUGGAAUCAUAGCACAUAUCGAUGCUGGCAAAACAACCACCACGGAGCGCAUGCUCUACUACAGUGGCUUCACCCGCAGGAUUGGAGACGUCGACGAUGGAAGUACAGUAACCGAUUUCCUUCCCGCGGAACGUGCGCGCGGCAUCACGAUCCAAUCGGCGGCCAUAUCAUUUUCAUGGCCGCCAACAUCGGACAAGCAAGCUCAACAACCUAUCCCGGCAGGCACGCGCCUCUCGUCAGUCCCGCAUAACAUCAAUUUGAUCGAUACUCCUGGUCACGCAGAUUUCACAUUUGAGGUUCUUCGAUCACUUCGCGUACUAGACGGUGCAGUGUGCAUCCUAGACGGUGUCGCUGGAGUCGAGGCUCAAACCGAAAAGGUCUGGAGCCAAGCUUCCGCGUAUGCCAUUCCAAAGAUCAUCUUCGUCAACAAAUUGGACCGGGAUGGCGCCGCCUUUGGAAAGACGGUCAAAGAAGUGGGCUCUCGAUUGAAUGUGUGGCCAGCCGUUUGUGCGCUUCCAUGGUUCACUGAAGAUGGUCAGCUGCAGGGUGUCGGCGAUGUGGUGAGCCUUCAAGCGCUCAAAUAUGCACCAGGCGGUGACGGCAAAGACAUCGAAGUGGUGAGCUUUGCUGAAUUGCAAUCCCGCGAUGCGUCGUUGGCAUCAGAGCUGAAAAAGGCUCGCAUCGCAUUAGUUGAACUACUGUCCGAGCACGACGACGAGAUGGUGGAAAAAUAUCUCGAGGCGGAUGAAGAUCAUCUGGCUAUUCUGCCUGCCGACAUCACGCGAUCUUUGCGAAAGUGUGUUCUGCAACGACCGCAGCAAGUCGCCCCAUUGUUUGCAGGAGCCAGCUUCCGAAACGUCGGCGUUCAACCAUUACUAGACGCGGUAGUAGACCUGCUGCCCAGUCCUGACGAGCGACCGGAUUCGGAGAUCAGUCUAGAAUCGAACGUCAAGUGCGGACUUCAGCCGUUCCUUGCAGGUAAAGUCAAAAUCGAAGACUUGGAGCCAAACCCGAAAGGAAAGAAACAACAGAAGAAAGGAAAAGCAACGCCCACGGUUCAAAACGUCGAUGCUUGUGCUUUGGCUUUCAAGGUGGUUGCUGAUGCCAAACGAGGAGUGUUGGUGUACGUUCGUGUGUACUCGGGCACCCUUUCUCGAGCCAACGCCUCACUUUGGAAUACCACUCUUCAGAAUGCGGAACGAUCUCCUCGACUGCUCAAGAUGUACGCCAACGAUGCAGUAGAGAUUGAUUCUAUCAGCGCUGGACAAAUAGGAGUCAUUCCGGGGUUGAAGUUCGCUCGAACGGGAGACACACUGAUCUCCUUCAGUGGGGCGAGCAAGACGGGACCACCACGACCAAUCAACACCAUGCAAUUGAAGCCCAUCAAUGUGCCUCCGCCAGUAUUUUUCGUCGGCGUAGAGCCUAAUAGCUUGUCUGAGGAAAAGCACAUCAAAGAGUCUCUCAACCUGCUACUACGAGAAGACCCUAGCCUCCACGUCUCUAUUGAUGAGGAAAGCGGGCAAACGCACUUGGCUGGUAUGGGUGAACUCCAUCUCGAGAUUGCUCGGGAUCGAUUGGUCAACGAUUUGAAAGCCAAAGCAAGAAUUGGAAAGAUCGAAAUUGGUUAUCGAGAAACAGUGACGAUGGCUUCUGGAGCGAUUGAAAAGAUCGUCGAAUUCGAUGUGGCGAGCAAAAUAUCAAAGGCCGGAUGUUCUAUUCAAAUUGAGUCGAGAGCGGAGGAAUCGCCAUCAAACUCAGAUGACAUGUUGCUCGAAGUGGAGCUGCACGACAACAAUCGACUACUCAUCAGCUCGCCGACACUCUAUUCCGACGGCACACCAAAGGACGAAGAACAGGCCGGUCUCCCCGAAAAUCUCCCCAUCGAGACCGUCCUCGAAGCUUUCCGCGUGGGCGUUUCCGCAGCUCUAUCCCGCGGACCAAUCCAUCGAUAUCCCAUCCACUCCGUCGAUGUCCAACUCGACUUCGAUCACGCCAAACACAUCUUCCCCACCUCCAACCCCACCGUCCUCGCCGGCGCCGCCCGCCAAGCCGUCCAAGCAGCCCUCCGCUCCAGCUCCGCCCUCAGCGAGAACAUCAUCAUGGAACCCGUCAUGCUGGUGACAAUUUCCGUCGACGAAGCGAGCAUGGGCUCCGUCGUCCACGACCUGUCCUCCUCGCGGGGCGCCAGCAUCAUAUCACUCGAAUCCGCCGACGAUGGAUCCGAAUCCUCCUCAGACUCCUCAGGCUCCGAACGUCUCCCCAUCGACACCGCCAAAAUCUACGCCCCCAUCGAUAAAUUCGCCGGCGGACACACGGACAAAAGCGCGGUCACGGCGAGCUCGAACACGGCCAAGCAGAUCAUCGCGAGGGUCCCGCUGAAGGAAAUGGUCGGCUAUUUGAAACAUCUGAGGAGUCUCACUGCCGGAAGAGGGACGUUUACCAUGGUCGUGGAUAGGUUCGAGAGGAUGAAUGCGCAGCGCCAGAGGGUGGUUCUGAGCGAGUUGAGGGGUGGCUUUGAAUUUUGAGGAGAUAGCCUUGUGGGGUCGGGAAGGGUGGAGGG